UUUCCAGAAAGAAUAAUCGGGAAAACUUGGGAAAGAACCUGCAGCACUCUGGUGUGGUGGAGCAAUCGGCUGCAAAAGCCAAAGCACUUCCAUAGUUCCACUUCACUCUCUCUCCCAUAGCGAGCGGCUCCCCCAUAUCUUCUCCUCCAUGAGCAUCUAAUCCACUUCUACGCAGCGCCUAUGAGUUCUUCCACCUCUACAAUCUCUUUCUGCUCUCAUCCUAAGAUUUUCCUCCGACUUCAUUCGCUAGGGCCACGAGGUGUGGGCUUCCGCGGUUCUAGCUUGGACUAUCGUGCCAAUGAUGGUGCGGUUGUCCCGGUUACGCAUAGGAGAGGAGGUUUUAGAUUGAGAAAUUUCGUGCUGAAGGCUACGUUGAGGUCCGACGGCAGCUCCAGGCGGCCUGCAGCUUCUCGAAGAGUUUACAGAGAGUCUCAAAUUGAGAGCUCAUCGUUGGUUGCCCCGGUGAAGCAGCUUGCUUCGACUGUUUUACCUGCCGGUGUUUUCGUGGUGGUUACGUUCGUUUUAUGGAAAUUGGUUGAGAGACUCAUGGUUCCGAAGUCAGAGAAGUCUUCGACUUCUUCACCCGUGAAAAACAAAUGGUCAUUCGGUGCUGGUAUAAAUUUGUUUCCAGAUCUUACCGCCAAGAUUGACAGAGAAGCCAAAUUGAAGCUUAAUGACUUUGCGAAAGAGCUACGAACUUUUAGAAGUGUUGACAUGACAGCACGCAACUUUGGAGAUGAAGGAUUGUUUUUUCUUGCUGAGAGUUUAGGAUACAAUCAGACAGUUGAGGAAGUUAAUUUUUCUGCAAAUGGAAUAACAGCUGAAGGGAUAAAAGCAUUUGAUGGCGUCCUUCAAUCAAAUAUUGUUUUAAAGACCCUUGAUCUCUCUGGAAACCCAAUUGGAGAUGAUGGAGUUAAGACCCUGUGUGAUUUGCUAGUGAAUAAUUCUAGCAUUCAGACGCUUCGGCUAAACAGUACUGACUUGGGAGAUGAGGGUGCAAAAGCUGUUGCCGAGAUGCUGAAGAAAAAUUCAAGCUUGCGCGUACUUGAACUUAACAAUAAUAUGAUUGAUUAUUCUGGAUUUACAAGUCUCGGCGGGGCACUUCUUGAAAACAACACCAUACGGAACAUACAUCUUAUUGGCAAUUAUGGCGGUGCCCUGGGAGCUAAUGCUUUGGCUAAAGGACUUGAAGGGAACAAAUCAUUGAGGGAACUUCAUCUGAAUGGAAAUUCAAUUGGUGACGAGGGAGUGCGUGCUUUAAUUUCAGGUUUAUCUUCACGUAAAGGAAAACUUGCACUUCUUGACAUCGGUAACAACUCAAUCACUGCCAAAGGUGCCUUUCAUGUUGCCGAAUUCAUUAAGAGAACUAAGAGCUUGGUUUUAUUGAAUUUGUACAUGAAUGAUAUCGGUGAUGAGGGUGCAGAAAAGAUUGCUGAUGCUCUAAAGCAAAAUCGGACAAUAAAAACUUUAGAUCUGGUGAGGAGCCAUGGUUCUCUAUGGACGGCUCUUUUUUGUGGGGUUUAUUUACAGGGAGGGAAUAACAUCCAUGGUGAGGGUAUUAGCAAGGUCGCCCAAGCAUUGAAGGAUAACGAUGCCAUCACAACUUUGGAAAUUUCUUAUAAUCCCAUUGGACCAGAAGGAGCGGAGGCUUUAUCUGAGGUUCUGAAGUUCCAUGGAAAUGUAACAAACCUCAAGCUUGGUUGGUGUAAGAUAGGACCAAAGGGUGCUGAAUUAAUUGCUGAAACUCUGAAAUAUAAUACUACAAUAUCUGUCUUGGAUUUACGGGGCAAUGGUCUCCGGGACGAGGGUGCAACUUGCCUUGCUCGCAGCUUGAAAGUGGUUAAUGAAGCUUUAACUUCACUAGAUUUAGGUUUCAAUGAAAUAAGGGAUCCGGGCGCUUUCGCCAUUGCCCAAGCACUCAAAGCGAAUGAGGACAUAGCAGUUACAUCCUUGAAUCUUUCCAAUAACUUCUUGACCAAAUUUGGGCAGAGUGCUUUAACAGAUGCCAGAGAUCAUGUCCAUGAGAUGUGUGAAAAGGAAGUUAGUAUUUCUUACUAGAACGCUUCCUUAAAAUAUAUGCUGAAUUUAGAUGCAUUUUGCGAAACCAUUUACUUAUUUGAAUUCUUUCCCUCCAAAAUUUUACUCGCUUUAUUCUCUGAGGGACUAGCUUUGAAAUUUUGACAUCGAGAGGAAUAGGAAAUUGUAUCAUAAUUUUUUUUUUCUGUUCUAUUCUUUAUUGGUUCUGACGUAACUUAGCAAGCUUAUAAAAAGUUUCUUUUCUAUUUCAAUUGAAAUAAAGAUGUGUUAAUUGAUCGAGA